AUGCUAUUCAAUGACCUGCCUUCAGAAUUAUUGCUCGAACUCUUUUCUUAUCUUCAUCCAAUUGAUCUUUAUUUAUCAUUUCUGCCAUUGUUCAAUGUUCGUCUCUCAAAAUUGAUAACUCAAGCAGAUCUAUCUGUCGAUCUUACCUACAUAUCAGUUUCUAAUUUCUUACUUGUUUUAAGGCAUUGUUUAGCACGACAAAUUGUUUUUCUUCGUUUAACAAAUCAAUACUCACAUGGUUUACUGAUAUCCGAAUUCUUCGCAUCGAAGCAUUUUCAUUCGGAACACUUUGUCCGACUUCGCUCGCUACACUUAGAUGAUAUUAUCGGAAAUGAGAUCAAUCUUUUACCGCCAUGUCUCGAAAGACUCUCCGUAAAAUUUCAUAAAAAAGCUGAGCAUGCAGCGAAAUUCUAUCGACUUGCAUUGCAAUCAACAACAUUGCGGCAAUGCUAUCUUAUUGGCGGAUACGCAUUUGAUAGCAAAACAUGUUUUCCCAUUUCAUCGGGAACCAUUGAACGGCUUCAUAUGGCGAUCAAAAGCUUCCCACAAGACUUGUUUGUUGUAUUACAAGCUUUGCCAUCGUUAAUCAAACUGAAAACUCGGAUCUAUACUCAAUCAACGACAAGUCAGAUUCCUUCUGUCAUAUCAUCAUCACCCUUGAUACAUGUGAAUAUCGACUUGCAAGGUACUGGAAUUAAUUUAACUAUGCUGGAUUCACAGCUGCUUUCCCACCUUCCUCGAAUACAGUCAUUGAUCUGUCAAUCCUAUGAGAAAUCUCCGGAGAGCGUUCACAAUUUAUUGAAAUUAUCCACUCGACUUCGACGCAUUCAAUUCAUUCAGAAAGGUCUUUCGAUCAGUACGAAUAUCGACGAGUACGAACUUGGAAGCAAGAAUCUCGUUGUUGCUGUUCAGCAGACAACAAGCUCUCGGAAUUCACGACGAACGUUAACUUUACACACCAUUCCAUAUCCAGAUAAGGUCAUUCAUUUACCAUUUGAAUACUGGAAUACAACUCAUCACUGCCACAAUCACGCAAUCUAUGAUCGUGUUGAACGUGUUCGAAUAAAUCUCUCCGAAUCAUUCAAUCCUUGCAACUUUUCUACUUGCCAAAAUGUGAAACAUGUAACAUUAGUAUGUAACGAUGACAUCACCAAUGAUACUGUUUCUGCAGAUAUUGUCUCGUCAUUUGUUCGUCUCACUUCUGUUAGUCAUUUGAUCAUCAAUAGUCAAACAGCAAUGAUUGACCUCAGCUCCCUGACUUCUUUAACAUCUCUACAUUCACUUGACAUAACAUGGUCACAACUUCGUCCCUAUACGUUUCUGACCAAUAUCAAAUCGCUCUCACUUACCAGUGAAUGUGUGUCCUGGAGAGAAAUUCAACACCUAAUGAACAAUUUAAUACCGCAGUUAGAGCAUCUACGAAUGAACGUGACAACCAGCGAUGAAUGUCGAGAAAUUUUGAAUUUUUUAUUAGCCCCGAGUUCUACCAAUAGGUUAAUUUCAAUCAAAAUCUGUAUAUGUCAAACGUUGUCAGAUCAAAUUCAACACGACCUGGAACCGCUUCUUCUAUCUUCGCAAUGGACUGAAGUGAGAUGGAAGAUGGAUAAUUGGUAUCUUUAUAUUUGGAAAUAA